AGCUGCACGCGCACCGGGUUUGUCUGCGCAUGCGCGAAUCACAUGUUGCCGUGUUGUUGUUGUCAGCGCCGCGCAGUCAGCGGCGGGAUUACCGUUAGACUCGGACUACAUGGCAGGAUGACAUGCCCAGAUAACACGACGACACGCGCACCGAUUAAAAGCAACCGUCGCCGCACGCGCGCGUCAAAGCUGUCGACGUCGCGUCGCGCGAAGACGUUCAGUCGCGUUUAGCGCGCCGCGGGGAUGGACGCGCGCCUGUGGGACCAGCUCCAGGCUGGCAGCUCCGAGGUGGACUGGUGCGAGGGGAAUUAUCUCAUCUAUCCCGGAAUAGCGGAGUUUUAUAACACGAUCAGCAACGUGCUGUUCUUCGUCUUGCCCCCGAUCCUCAUGUGUUUGUUCCGUCAGUACGCCACGCACUUCAACAGCGGCAUCUACCUGAUCUGGACUCUGCUGGUGGUCGUUGGUAUCGGCUCCACUUAAUUCCAUGCGACGCUGAGCUUCCUGGGACAGAUGCUGGACGAGCUGGCCAUACUCUGGGUGCUCAUGUGUGCCAUCGGCAUGUGGUUUCCCAAGAGAUACCUGCCCAAGAUAUUCCGCAGAGACCGAUCGAGGUUCAAGCUGGUCAUCGGCGUCCUCUCAGGGAUCACCACCUGCCUGGCCUUCAUCAAACCAGCCAUAAACUCCAUCUCUCUGAUGACGCUGGGCAUCCCGUGCACCGCUCUCCUCAUCACCGAGCUCAAGAGGUGUGAUAACCUGCGUGUGUUUAAGCUGGGUCUUCUCUCGGGUCUGUGGUGGACUUUAGCGCUCGUCUGCUGGAUCAGUGAUCGCAUUUUCUGUGAGAUGUGGUCAUCUGUCAACUUCCCGUACCUACACUGCGCCUGGCACAUCCUCAUCUGCCUGGCGUCCUAUCUGGGAUGUGUGUGUUUUGCUUACUUCGAUGCGGCGUCCGAGGCUCCGGAGCAGGGGCCCGUCGUCAAAUUCUGGCCCAGCGAGAAAUGGGCUUUCAUCGGGGUGCCAUACGUCACUCUCCUGUGUGUGCACAGGAAGCCCUCUAUUAAGGUGACUUAGUCCCGUGCUCCCUGACUACACUUCAGUGCACUUUGAAAUGGAUACAGAGGAGGAUCCUGCAUGUGUGUGUUGUUUUUUGGGGAAGGAUCAGUGUUAUUCAUUCGGUAUUCGGUAUUUAGCGUCCUGCGGGUUAUGUGUGAUGCGGGAUAUUUCAUGGUGUGACGUUUCACUAAAAAGUGUUGAAUAAUUAAGAUUUUCACACGUUUUUGAAAGACUUCUGCUCGCCAAAGCUGCAUUUAUUCGAUAGAAAAAUGCAAUAAAAUCAUAUUGUGAAAUAUUA